AUGAACGGCCUAUCAAUCAGCCCAUUCAUCGCAACCCUCCCGAAAGUUGAGCUCCACGUCCAUAUCGAAGGCACUCUCACUCCCGCUCUACGCUGGGAACUCGCCCACCGUAAUGGAGUCGCCCUCCCAUACGCCACAUACGAAGACCUCAAGGCGUCAUACGCCGUAACUCUGAAUCAUCGCCCGGAGCUCAAUGGCCGCCAACCUGGGAUUCCGACCUUCUUAGAAGCCUACUUCGCCGGCUGCGAAGUCCUGCGCACAGAAGCCGACUUCUACGAUCUCGCCAUGGCGUACCUCACCCGCUGCGCCGAGAUGAACGUACGCUACGCAGAGCCCUUCUUCGACAUCCAGGCGCACACGCGCCGCGGCGUGCCCGGCCAGGCUGUGCUGGACGGGUACCUGCGCGCCAAGCAAGACGCAGCUGCGCGGCUCGGGGUGCACUCCAACUGGAUUUUCUGCUUCUUGCGCGACGAGCCUGUCGCGGACGGGCUGCGGGCUUACGAGGAUGCGAGGCCGUGGGCGGCGGGUUCUGUUCAGGGCGGGAAGGGCUUGUUUCAUGCUGUCGGGCUUGCAAGUAACGCGUACGAACGGCCGCCGAUGUUAUUUGAAGAGGGGUUUCUGCGGGCGAAAGCAGAUGGGUUGCAUGUGACUAUGCAUUGUGAUUUUGGGCAGAAGGAUACGCAUGCGCAUAUGGAUGAAGCGGUUUUUCAGGUCUGUGGGGGGAUGGGAGCCGAACGGAUUGAUCAUGGACUCGAUGCGGAAGAUAAGGAGGGGCUUUGGAGGGGGCUUUUGGAGAGAGGGAUAGGGCUGACGCUGUGUCCUCAUGCUUACCAUCGCAGGACGGCGACGGAAGUGCUGUUUCCCAAGAUUAGGAGGUUGUGGGAGAGAGGGGUGAGGUUUUGCAUAAACAGUGAUGAUCCGACGCUCAUGCACGAUGUGUGGAUUGAUGGCAAUUUGCAAAAGGUGUAUACUUAUGGUGGGUUCAGCAAGGCUGAGAUGGUGCAGCUGGCGAGAAAUGCGGUGGAUAUGUGCUGGGCGGAUGAAGGUAUUAAGAAAAGCAUUUACGACGAGUUAGAGGCCGUUACGAUCACUGAUUAG